UCGAAAAUUCAUUUGAAUCGAGAAAACUCGAGACUGCUUCUCGAAAAAAAAAACUUUUCUUCUAUAAAUUCUGGUGAAAAAACAAAAAUAAUCUCAGUUCAAAUCCAAAAAUUGUGAGAAAACCUUAAACUCAAAAGUGGAAAAAAAUGCAACAUUUCACAGUGGAAAAAAAUUCCGAACUCGGUCGAUUUGCAAUUGCAUCGCGCGACCUCAAAGCAGGCGAGACAUUUCUCGAAGAAAUUCCUUUUGCCUUCGGUCCAAAACCGGAUUCGGCAAUUGUUUGUCUGGAAUGCAGCAUGCCAACUGACGAACGUUGCGCAAAAUGUGGAUGGCCGUUAUGCGAAUAUUGCUCGCCAAAUGAAAAAUUAGCUCAUACCGAGUUCGAGUGUGACCUAAUUGUGAAAAAUAAUGCAAAAUUCUUUGGCACAAUCGACCAACAUGGCGCUUGUUUGCAACUUGACUGCAUUUUGCCGUUGCGCGUUUUGAUGGCGAAAGACAGAGACGAGGCCCGAUGGAAGGCGGAAGUUGCUGAAAUGGAAGAUCAUGAAAAGGAGAGAAAAGCAAAGCCAACAUGGAAUGCAGAUUUACAGAAUAUCGUCAAGUACAUUCGUGGUCCGUUGAAAUGCGAGCAAUAUUCGGAAGAAUUGAUUCAAAAAGUUUUGGGAAUUUUGGAAGUGAAUGCAUUUGAAGCUGUGUCCUCAACUGGUUACGCCAUUAGAGUUUUGUAUCCAAAACUAGCGAUCUUAUCGCAUAAUUGUGUCCCGAAUACAACCCACACGAUCUUCAUGAAUGAAGGAUAUCGAAUGACGGCUCGUACAACUGUCGAUGUCGCAAAGGGCGAAGAACUCUUUUCGAAUUACACGUAUUUGAGUCAAUGCACGUUGGCGCGUCAAUAUCACUUGAGAGAGGGAAAAUUUUUCAUUUGUAAAUGCAAAAGAUGCUUGGAUCCGUCGGAACUUUGCACCCAUUUAUCGACGCUCAAGUGCACAAAAUGUCCGGAAGGGGGCGUUUUGCCCUCAGAUCCCAUCGAUGUCGAAGGCAAAUCCGAUUGGAAAUGCACUCAUUGCGAUUUUAAAGCUGCCGGAACCACAAUUCAACGUGCUCUGGCAACAAUUCAAGCAGAAAUUGAUCAAGUUCUUGCCAUGGAAUACACGGCGGAAAGAUUACAAGCUCUCGAAGCGAUCCUCAAGAAAUAUCGAGCGAUCUUACAUCCGCGUCACUACCAAAUGAUCAGUUUGAAACAAGCCCUGAUUGAGCUCUAUGGUCGCAUUCCGGGAUACACAAUGCCAGAAUUGCCCGACGUUUUGUUGGAACGAAAGCUGGAUCUUUGUCGGGAAGUUUUGAAAGUCUUGGAUAUCAUUGAGCCGGGAAAAACGAGAUCACGUGGCAUGAUUUUGUACGAAAUGCAUGCCGUGAUGGUGUUAUUGGCGCAAUCCGCGUUCCGACAAAAAGUCAUUUAUGGAUUGGUGCUGAAGAAACGACUGAAUGAGGCAGCAGAUGUCUUGGCAGAAGCUGUUGAUAUUUUGUCGUUGGAAGAUCCGGCAUCAACGGAAGGACAAAUCGCAUUGCAAGCAAAGGAGGGAUUGAAUCAGUUGAAACAAAGUAUUGCAGCAAUUGCUGAUGAAACAGAAAGUUAAAUAAAAAAAAAAUAUAAAAUAAA